AUGAUUGUCGGACCAUAAGUUAACCAAUACUUGUUUGUUGAUCAGUCUUUAGCAUCCAUUUAGUGUAUCAGUUUACAGCUCAUUACAUACCGCAUACUCUUUUCGUUAGUCACGCCCCUUAACAUUUACUUCCGGCUAGAGUUUCCUGACACCUCUUCCGGCAGAGAAGGUUUUUUUCUUUGGUGUCGAUCCCCGGAUGUGCAGCUGUUCUCGGAUAGUGAUGAUGCACAGGAUCAUUCUGAUAGAGGGGUAAGGGAAGACUGUUUGGUCCAGUAGGAAGAUGGCUGAAGACCCACAGAGAAACUUCCGUUCCCACUAUUAUGAAAAAGUUGGAUUUCGUGGUGUUGAAGAAAAGAAAUCCCUUGAGAUUCUGCUGAAGGAUGAUCCAUUAGAUGUUGAGAAGCUCUGUACUUUUGCUCAACGUUAUCCUCUUCCCUCCAUGUAUCGUGUUCUUGUAUGGAAAGUACUGCUUGGUAUUCUUCCUCCUCAUUAUGAAUCUCACUCUGCUGUGUUGACAUUUCGAAAAGAACAGUAUCAGGAUUUGUUGCAAGCAUUGCAAGUUAUUCGGUUUGUUCAAGAUUCCACCCCACAAGUUUGGGUUUACCUCCGAAUGUACCAACUAGAGUCUGGUACACUGCCACGUCGUCCAUCUCAGUCACUGGAACCUGAAGAUGCAGUUUUUAUUGCAAUAGCAGAAGCAAUGGAUGAAAUGGUGGAAAAUGAUGUUGAUGCCUACUGGCUAGUCAAAUACUUUGUGAACCAAUUCAAUAAUAAAUACAGCGAUUCAGUAGCUCACUUGCCGAAGAGCCUUGAACAUUACCUGAAUCUGGAAGACAGCAAACUUCUCACCCACCUUAAGACAUGCUUGGCUAUGAAUAAACUCCCAUAUGACUUGUGGUUCAUGCAUUGUUUUGCAGGCUGUUUGCCUGAAUCCAGCCUUCAAAGGGUUUGGGACAAAAUCAUAAGUGGAUCUUGCAAAAUUUUGGUUUUUGUAGCCAUGGAGAUUUUAUUAACUUUUAAAAUUAAGUUAAUGGCCAUGAAUAAAGCAGAGAAUAUUGCACAGUUCUUGCAGAAUAUGCUACCAAGAUGGCUGUGGUUGUUGCAUUUCCACCAUCUCAGCCCCAGGGUAUCACUGCAGUUCCUCACGGCAGUAUUGUAGGUCCAAUCAUCUUGGAAAAAUAGGAGCAGAAGUAGGCCAUUAGACCACGAGCCUGCUCUGCCAUUCAGCUACCUCAUGACUAAUCUUUUAUUUCUACACAGUCAUCAUCCCGUGAUAACUUUAAUAUGUUGAAAUCUGUUGAUCUCUGUCUUGAACAUGUUCAAUGACUGAGCUUUCAAAGCCCUCUGAUGUAGAAAUUUACAAAGAUUCUUUUGAGUGAUGAAAUUCCUGCUCAUCUGAGUCCUCAGUCACAACCUUUAUUCCGUGACUGUCCUUUGGUUUCAGAUCUCUAGCCAGGGGAAAUAUCUUGCAUCGAUCUUGUUGAGCUUGGAAGGAUUUGAUUUUUUUUUGUUACUUUAUCAGUCACUUUCCCUGUAUCCAAAGGCCAGAAGUGGGCAUGUUCACUGAUAAUUACACAACAUUCACUAUCAUUUGUAGUUCCUCAGAUAUUGAAACAGUAUGUAGUCAGACCUGGACAACACUUAGGCUUGAACUGAUGAGCAGGUAAAAUGCAUACCAGGUGUGUCCAUAGCCAACAAAAGAGAGAAAUUAAGCAUUUCCCCUUAUUGACUAUUGACAUUGCCAUUGCUGAAUCUCCCACUGUAUAUCAACAUCAACAAAAGCAGGUCAGAGUCUGUGAACUGCACAGAAGUAACCCACUUCCUGACUCACAAAAAUCUAUCUUCCAUCUACAUGAAACAGUUCAGGAGUAUGAUGAAUUCUGUCCAACUGGCUGGACAAGCUCAGCUCCAACAACACUCGAAGGGAAAAUCAGCCCAAUUGAUUGACCAUAAGAACGCAAGAAAUAGGUGCAGGAGUAAGCCAUUCAGCCCCUCAAACUUGUUCUGCCAUUCAGUAGGAUCAUGGCUGAUCAAACAUUCCAAACAUUCACUUUCCUGCCCUUACCCCCUAACCUUGUCUGCUGAUCAACAAUCGGGAAUUGUGAAGCCAUCAACGGCCUGAAGUGCACUCCACUAACAGUCCAUAGUUGAAGCACUGUGCUAUAUCUACAAGAUACACUGCAGUAACUUGUUAAGGCUCCUUUGAUAGAAGUUUUCAAACCCUGGAUUGAUUUCACUUUGAAAGACGAGCAGCAGGUGGAUAGGAGCACCAAAGUCUUCACAUUCUCCUCCAGGUUAUGCACCAUCCUGACUUGGAAAAUGUUGUAGUUUUUUUUGUCACUAGAUCAAAAUCAUAAAUUCUCUUCCUAACUUCACUGUUGGAAUCUAUUCACGUGUGCUGCAGCAAUACAAGAAGGCAGCUCAUCACCACCUCAAGAACAGUUAGAAGUGGGCAAUAAAUGCUGAGCUUAAACGAAGACAGAAAAUGCUGGAGCAACUCAGCAGGUCUGGCAGCAUCUGUUGAGAGAGAAACAGAGUUAAUGUUUCAAGUCCAAUAUGAUACUUCUUUGGAUCUCUGAGAUGCUGCCAGAUCUGCUGAGGUACUCCAGCAUUUUCAGUUUGUUUCAGGAUUCUGGCAUCUGUUGUAUUUUGCUUUAAUUUAAAUGCUGACCUUACCAGCUAUCCCCAGCUCCAAUUUUAGAUCUCAUUUUUACGUCUUAAAAUGUCAUUUAGCUAUUGUAGCGUUUAAGAAAUAAUUGGAAAUUAUGAUCUUGUCACUAUUAAUUUCGUUUUGCUGAAAAAUAACAUUUUAGCAGCUUUUUGUCUUGCACUCAUGAAAGCAAUUGCAAGUAAAGGGUAAACAACAUUCACUGUGAUGGGAGAGUGCUGAUUGGUUGGUAAGUGAACUUGAUUGGUAAGAGUAUUUUCCUGGAGAAUGCACUAGUUAAUAAUGACUGACAGUUAAUUGCAAAGCUUUGUUUAUAAUUAAAAUGGGGCAGGUUAACUCUGGUCAUGGACUUUCAUGAGAGAUGAAACCUGAGAGUAACUGUCUUUGAUGAGUUGAAAAAGGUUCAAUGCUUCUUCUUUCAGUCCGUAAAGAUUGAAGCCCUGUGUAUUAACAUACAUAGCUACUAGUAUAAACAGUGUAUCACACUGGAAGCUCAACUGACAAUCCUAAAUUGGUUGUCAAUAUAAUUCUGCACAUACUCAGGAUUAUGUGGAAAAUCAUAAAUUGGUGCAAUUUUCAUGUCAAUGCCUCUACCAGUCAGAAUCUACGUGCUAACCAACCAACGCACUUCCCUUAUACAGUAUAAAUGUGGUUUGCCCUUUUACUUUAGUAUUCUUGAGAAUUGUCAUGAUGAGUACAAGAUGAAAAGCUUUGACAAAAUGUCUUUUCAACAAUUCUCAAAUUCUAUGCCACCAAAUAAAUAUUACUUUACUUACCCAAUUGUGACAGUGUGGUAAUUGUGUGU